AUUUAUAUAGAUCUAGGUCUAUUGCUCUAGAUCUUUUGUUUUUAAAUUAGAUGUAGACUAGAACUAGACUCUAGAUGUUUUCUUGUUUUCAAUGUAUUAUUUCUAUUUCUUUCAAGAUCUUCUAAGUCAUUUAAUGUUGAAGCUUUGUUUUCUUGCGUCGGAAUUUGUUCUAGUAACACUCUUUUUAGUUGAGGCUCAAGUCCCAUGUAAAAAAGAAAUUGUUGAGACCUCUCUAAGAAUCAACAAUGAUCUCGCCCUACUACAGGCUACAAACAAAACUUGCGAUCUGGCACUGAACACCAGCGCCGGCGCCCUAAUACUGUUUAAAUUCAUCACCACAGGCCUGAACAUUGCUCAAAGCACCUUAUUAUUCAGCGGCUGUCUUUUGGAGGUGACAGAAAACAGUGAUAGCGUGGCAUUGAUCAUAAAGAUCAACUUCAGUACUACGAAUCUGACCUUGAUCUACAGGUACUCGGAUAAUUGUAACCACAUGGACUCUAUCUGGUGUCGUGUUUUAAUAUAUCACAAUAGUCCAGACUGGACAACAGUUUACAAGAUCUCCCAGUCUUCACCAGGAUUUGAACCCGGGACCCUCGGUUCGGAAGCUAAGCGCUUUACCGAGCCUCUCCUGGUCUUUACAAAAUAUUCAGAGCCAGCUCCUCCUGAUGAGAUCCCCAAAGCUGCAGUGCCAAUGCUAAUACCAAUCAUAGUUUCCUUGCUAAUUCUCUUGGCUAUUAUAUUCGGCUUCCUUUACUGUUAUAGUAACAAAAUGUACAUUUUUAAAGAUGAAUUGAGCACGUCGUAUAUCACCACAGAAAGUACCUCGACGCGAGACAAGAUGAAUCCAAUCGUCCUGUAGAGCGUCUUACUCUAAUGUAACAGCAGAACUCGGAUCUAAUACUUUGUAUGUUGAAGACAAAACUAGACACAAUAAACUUCUAGAAGAGA